AUGGCAUCACACUUGACCAUCCUCCUUCCCAAUGUUUACCACAACCCCGCACACGACCCCGUGUGUAAGUUGACCCCAAAGGAACUCCAAGAAGGCUUUGAUGCAGUAUACGAGGAUCUUUACUGUGAAUUGGCGAAAUUCGGGCACCUUCUUGAGCUUCACGUAUGCGACAAUGUCGGAGACCACUUGAUAGGGAAUGUGUAUGCUAGAUACGAGUGGGAAACGGAAGCGCAAGCCGCUGUUGAUAGUUGUAAUGAACGCUGGUAUGCAGGUCGACCGCUGUAUGCUGAAUUAUCGCCGGUGACUGAUUUUCGAGAGGCAUGCUGCCGUCAGAAUGAAAACGGAGAGUGCAACCGGGGUGGCUUCUGUAACUUCAUGCAUCUUCGAUUGGCAUCGAAAGACCUGGUUUCUUCUUUACGUGCUGGUCAACGGCUGGAACGGAGACUCAAUCCCGCCAAAACUGAAGGGGGUGGUGGGGGAUGGGAACCUAGCAAACGAGAGGGUGGCAGGGGAAGAUCUGCUAGUCCGUCUAGGCGAGGUGGUAAUCCUGGUGAAGAUCGCUGGACUAGGAAGUAG